AUGCAGUCUUCAUCUGCGUCAGAGAGCUCUUCCAACCGUAACAGCAACACUGGCACUACACACGAACCACCAAAGACAGAUAUCCUGCCCUCGCACCACAGUCAUGACGACCUCCUCCAGGAGAUCCACGACAUAACAUACUCGCCUACGCCCGUCACCCAAUUCCUGCACGACCCCGACCUGCUCUCAGCGGUGCACAGGCACGUACGACAAGAGUCUACCUUGAGUCUGGGCGACCGAAGAACCGACAACCGCGCGCAUGCCGAUCGAACGCACGGCGGUGCUGGGGCCAGGGACACCGCAAAUGCGCUCACGGUCGUGCUUGGGGAAGAGGAGCGCGAAGCCCACCGCCUGCGACGCCUCCUGCGCGAGGCGGGCGAGCGGCUAGAGUAUGAGAUGCGCCGCGCGGACGACGUCGAGGCGCGUGCUUGUGCUGCACAAGCACUCGCAAAGGAGGAGGAAGUGCGUGUUGCAGAGCAGUCCGCUCGGCGCCAGGCAGAGAUGGACGCUGCACUCGCUCAAGAGGAGGUCCAGCGCGUCCAGAUGCUGCAGGAUACGGCUGCGCAAGAUCUGCGGCGUGCAGAAGCGCAAGUUCUGGAGGAGCGGCGGCAACUAGAGGAGGAGCGUAGGAGAGCGGCAGAGGCCGUGAAUUGUGCGCGGAAGGCACAGCAGGUCUUGCGAGAGUAUCAGGCUCUCGAGCAAGGACGUGAGGAGGUGAGGCAGCGGGAGCUCGGGAGAGGCUCUGCGGACUCAGCGGAUGCGAUGGCGUUUGAGGAGGGACGCACAGAGGGCUACACGGCUAGUCGGGAGGAAAGUUAUGCAGCUGGAAGGUCAGAAGGUUUUCAGGCUGGGCAGGCAGCCGGGUACGAUCAAGGCGUGGAUGCUGGGAGGGCGGAGGGACUUAGUGAAGGAAUCGGGCAAGGGCAGGAAGAGGAGCGCGAGUAUGCGCUGGAGCAAUUUGACAGGUUCUUGGAGUCAGACAGCGGUCGUAGGAGCUUGCAGGAUUAUCUCGCUCACAAUGGCACACGACGACAGACGAAACGUGCACAUCGAGCCGAGGUACGGCCAGGAUCAUUUAGGUUGUACCUGGAGCCAGUAAGCGACAGUUCCCCCGAGGCACUGAGCGGGGAAAACGCAACCGCAGAUUCAGUUAUAGAGCGGGUGCCAGCACAAGAGCUUCUUGCAGCAUCCCAAGAGCAGUCUGCGCUUCUGGGCAGACAGCGAUCCAGAGAGUCGCUCAAACAGCGUAUUCGGAACACAGUCCAUGGCCGGAGGCACUCUCACCAGAGCGUACAUGACCAUCAGCGAGUUACAGAGCCUGUUUCCUCUCCGGAUGAUGCGUCCUAA